CUCAUGUCAUAGCAAAUUAACUUAUUGUUACUGUUACUGUUACUGACUGCUGUUUGGCACUAUACUAUAAGUAAGAAUCUAGGCGAAAGACAUGACGUGACAUGACAGUAAAAGCAAAAGAUCGGACAUAUUAAGGAGCAAUCAAUGUAAAAAACACAUUUGGAGCAGUUUCUUUCAACACGUAAAAGAUGUCGAAGAUAGAGAAAAUGAGCAUCCAGGGGAUUCGGAGCUUCGACCCGGAUGAAGAUAACAAACAGAUCAUCCAGUUUCAGACUCCCCUCACCUUAAUUCUGGGACCAAAUGGCACUGGAAAAACGACCAUAAUAGAAUGCUUGAAGUACAUAACCACAGGGUUGAUGCCUCCUGGCAGCAGCAAGGGAGGAGCUUUCAUACAUGAUCCAAAGGUUGCCGGUGAACGUGAAGUAAGGGGUCAGAUCAGACUACAGUUACGCGACGUCACCCACUGCCCAUUGAUUGUCACCCGUUCGCUCACCGCCACACAGAAGGGUAAGAAAGUUGAGAUGAAGACGCUCGAAGCGCAGGUUACGCGGAUUAACGCCAACGGGGAAAAACAACAGACCAGCUCCAAGUGUAUCGACCUAGACAGGGAGAUGAUCUCUUCAUUGGGUGUGUCCAAGCCGGUCCUUGAAAAUGUGAUAUUUUGCCACCAGGAAGAAGCUAACUGGCCCCUUGGUGAGGGGAAGCAAGUGAAGGAGAAGUUUGACGCCAUCUUUGCGUCCACCCGCUAUGUGAAGGCCCUCGAAUCUAUCAAGAAAACUAAGAAGGAACAGGAUGAGAAAUUAAAGCUGUAUAAGAAUGAUAUACAGUACCUCAAACAGAACAAGGAAAAGGCCCAUCAGUUGGAGGCGGACCUGUCAGAGCAGGAGGGUAAGUUGGCAGCCUCGCAUGAGUCAGUGGAUCGCGUCAAGAACCAGCUUGCGCCUAUUGAAGAGAAGAUGAAGAAGAUUGACAACCAGUCUGCUGAGAUCUUCAACAUACAGAACAACGUCACCAAGUGGACGAGUGAGAGGAAGCAGAUUGAGAAGUAUGCUGCAGAACUGCAGGACCAGAUAGAAAAUGAGUUCCAGGGGUCAGACAGUGAGCUGAAACGUGUGCUGACAGAGUUCGAGGACAAACUAGAGGACCGGCAGAGAACCCUGCAGGAGUAUGAGGGUCGUCAAGGAGAAUUGAGUCGGAAAGUUGAGAAACUGGACCGGGAAAAGUCGGCCAUCUUGGUAGAGCUAGGUAGAUUGGAGCAGGAAGCAGAGAGGCAAGACAAAAAUGUUGAAAAGAGAGAUGACCUGAUAAAAGAGUAUGCCCAAGAGUAUGGAUUUCAAGGCCUACAUGGCGGUAUCACGGAUGAGAAGUACAAGCAGUUCUUGAAGAAUAUGAAGGAAAAGCUGGACACCAUGAUAAGCACAACCAGGGAAACUAAGGAAGACUAUGAUGGGCGGGAGCAGGAUCUUCAGUUGAAGAUAGAUGAGCUGAGGUCGGAGAAAUCAAAACUAGAGCAGAACAUCCAUAUCAAGAAGGACAUGCUGGAUGAGAAUCGGCGGAAGGAACGUGAGAUAAACAGGAAGUUGAGUGCCAUAGAGGCUUCAGGUGGACGCCUCGAUCAAAUCAAAAGGAAUCUUCGCAGAAAGGAGAAUGACCUUGAGACCGUUGAAGGCUCCCUGAACCCUGAGGAUCUGCGCCAGGAGAUGGCCACCAUGUCUGACCAGAAGGCCGCACUUGAGGGGAACAUCAGCAAACUGGAUUCUGAAAUGAGCCGGCUUCACCUUGAGACGAGCGCCCAGGCUGAGCUGGAUAUGCUGAGGAAGGACCAGGCGAGCAAACAAGAGGCCAUCCGCAGGCUGCGCGCCAAGAGGGAGAGUGUGAUAAAAGAGUUGCUGGGCCGCAUGCCGGAAGACAGCCUCCGGGAGGAUCUCGAGGACUAUAUCAGUACCCGGAAUGAUGCCGUUAGGCGGACCACAGACAAGCAAAACUCGGUGAAGAACUCCCUGUCUACAAUGGAGGCCAAGAAGAAUCUAUACACGGAACAAGUGAAGAAGAAGGAAGGUGAAUUGAGAGGCUUGGAGGAGCGUGUGUAUAAUGUGUGUGGCAGUCAGAACUUUGAUGAGGGCCUCAGCAUUAUCACAGAGAAGGUGGACAGGGCACGAGACCAGCGUGGUUCCCUGUUGGGUGCUGAACAUUUCUUCAAAAAAUACACAGCAGACCUACAGAAGGAAAGCCCCUGUUGUCCCCUGUGUCACAGGGGAUUUGAUUCCACCCAGGAGGUCCGAGACCUAGUUGCUGAGAUCAAGGAGAACCUGAGGAAGGUUCCUGGGAAACUGGAGAAAGCCACACAAGAAAUGGAAGAGUUUCAAGAAAAAUAUGACCAGAUCAAUCAGCUUAAACCAGUCAAGGAAAAUAUUGAGAAAGUGGAGAAAGAGGAGCUUCCACAGCUGAAGAAAUCCCUCAAGUCGUGCCAGGACGAGUCACAAAAAUUAAGGGACCAACUCGUAGAGAUUGAAGAGGCACUUGACAUAGAAGCAGGUGAUGUCCAGAUGGCGAAGGAGGCCCAACCUGAUGUUGUGAUGAUUGACAGGUACCAGGGCGAACUGGUAGACUUGGAGAAGAAAAUCACCAUUCAGGCCUCUAAACUUUCCUCCUCAGGGUCAGGCAGGACUCUACAGAUGGUGAUAGAUGAAAAGGAGGAACUGCAGAUAAAAGUGGACGGCUUAUUGAAGCAGAUUGACUUCAAGCGAGGUAAGUUGACGGAUCACCAGGACAGUGUACAGAGCUUGCGGGGUGGGAUCACGGGCCUGCGUGAGGAGAAGCUGACCAUUGAACGUGACCUGCAGGAGCAACAUAAGCUUGAGGAGGACAAGGCGAACAUCGCUCUCGAGGAUGGGAACCUUCAACAGGAGAUUAAGGAUUCCAAUGAAAAGCUGAGACCAUUACAGAGCAAGAUCAACAACAUGACGAAGGACAAGGAAGAGGUUGUGAGAGAGAAGGAAGAAAAGAUUGAAGCGUCGAAGGCUGAGGUUGAAGUUGUGAAAGGACAUGCUACAGAAGUGAGGAAUAUCAAUCAUGAAAUCAAAAGUUACAACCAGUCUGGACGAGCAGGAAAACUUGAGGAGAGUCGAGGGAAGAAGAAUAAGUUGGAGCAAAGUCAACAGCAGAUGGAGGAGGAACAGCGAGAUAUAGCUGGAAACAUUGAUAAGUUACGCAAGGACCUUGCCACACAAAAGCUGCGCGAGCAGGACUUAAAGAACAACCUGAUAUUGCGGGCGAAGCAGCGAGAGUCUCGGGAGAUAAGGGUCAAGAUUGCUGAGCUAGAGGAAAAACUAGGGGACAUCGAUGUUGCAUAUCUCGAUCAGGAACGGAGAAAACUCGAGAGCAAACUUCAAGACCUCACCAAGCAGAGGCACACUGCGGAGGGACGUCAGACCGAGCUGGAGAACCAGAUCCGAGCCUCCAAGAGGGAGCUGCAGUCUGACAUGUACCGUGGGGCUGUGGAGAAGUACAGGAACAAGAUGAUUGACCUUCGGACUACAGAGCUGGCAAAUACUGACCUGGAGAAAUACUACAAGGCUUUAGAUAAGGCGAUCAUGAACUACCACAAUGUAAAGAUGGAGGAAAUCAACAAAAUCAUCCGUGAACUCUGGAGAAAUACGUACAAGGGAAAUGACAUAGAGACUAUAGAGAUCCGUUCAGACGAGGAUGAUUCUACUACAUCCAUAAGGACUCGUAAGACAUACAACUACCGCGUGGUGCUGAUCAAACCAGGAGGCGUCGUCAUAGACAUGAGGGGGCGCUGCAGUGCUGGACAAAAGGUGUUGGCUUCAUUGCUGAUCCGUCUUGCUUUGGCGGAGACAUUCUGUCUGAACUGUGGCAUUCUGGCGCUGGAUGAGCCGACCACCAACCUAGACCGGGAAAACAUUGAGAGUCUGGCUGGGGCUCUUGUAGACAUCAUCAAGGGACGUCGUCACCAGAAGAACUUCCAGCUCGUCGUGAUCACCCAUGACGAGGAUUUUGUGGAACUACUUGGCAGAUCAGACUAUGUGGACUACUUUUUCAAAGUUGCCAAGAACCAGUAUGGGUUUUCCCAGCUGACCAAGAAGGAGGUUACGGAACUUAGAAGUUAGAAUCCUGACGAGACAUAUACCGUACUGACAUUUGUGAAUAUUCCUCUGUUGUGUUGGAAAUCAGACCAACUGGAUCAGCCAGCAGUGUUCAGAAGUGCUAUAUUUAUGCCCCCUUUUGAAAAAAGUGGGGUAUAUUGUUUUGCACAUGUCGGUCGGUCGGUCGGUCUGUCUGUCUGUCUGUCGGUCGGUCGGUCGGAAUACCAAAUGGUUUCCGAUCAAUAACUUGAGAACGCUUUGACCGAGGGACCUCAUACUUGGUAUGUGUAUUGGUCAUCACCAGCAGAUGAACCCUAUUGAUUUUGAGGUCAGUGGGUCAAAGGUCAAGGUCAGUGUGACCUUUACAUGAAAAACGGUUUCCGAUCAAUAACUUGAGAACGCUUUGACCCAGGAACCUCAUACUUGGUAGGUGUAUUGGUCAUGACCAGCAGAUGAACCCUAUUGAUUUUGAGGUCAGUGGGUCAAAGGUCAAGGUCAGUGUGACCUUAACAUGAAAAACGGUUUCCGAUCAAUAACUUGAGAACGCUUUGACCCAGGGACCUCAUACUAGGUAGGCUUAUUGGUCAUGACCAGCAGAUGAACCCUAUUGAUUUUGAGGUCAGUGGGUCAAAGGUCAAGGUCAGUGUGACCUUUACAUGAAAAACGGUUUCCGAUCAAUAACUUGAGAACGCUUUGACCCAGGAACCUCAUACUUGGUAGGUGUAUUGGUCAUGACCAGCAGAUGAACCCUAUUGAUUUUGAGGUCAAAGGUCAAGGUCAGUGUGACCUUAACAUGAAAAACGGUUUCCGAUCAAUAACUUGAGAACGCUUUGACCCAGGGACCUCAUACUAGGUAGGCUUAUUGGUCAUGACCAGCAGAUGAACCCUAUUGAUUUUGAGGUCAGUGGGUCAAAGGUCAAGGUCAGUGUGACUGUAAGCUGAAAAAAGGUUUUCUGAUUGUCCAUAUUUUAUUUUCUUAUAUAGUAGACAGUAGAAAUUUAUAUGUCACUAAAUGCAUGAGUUGAAGUAUCAGUUUUCAGUGAACAUCUAGUUUAAUUAUGCCCCCCUUCGAAGCAGAGGGGUUAUAUAAUUGCUUUGCACAUGUCGGUCGGUCUGUUGGAAGACCAAAGCUUGUCCGAGUGAUAACUCAACAAUUCCCGGACCUAUGGUCAUCAAACUUGACAUGAAGAUUAGGUAUGACCAGUAGAUGACCUGCCUCAUAUGCAUCCAAUGACAAAUCAGCUGUCAUUUCAGUCCAUGCAUAUUUCAUUCAAUUGUCCAAAUAUUUCUGGCAACUUGGCACUCAGGGGGCAUAAUGUUUGACAAACAUCUCUUGUUGUAUUUUGUUUUGCAAAGGAUUAAGUCUGUUUGACACUAAUUCUUUCAUCAUUGUAUAUACAUCAUUAUACAUGUAUAUGGACAAGGUAUCUUGUGGAAAUUUUCUUUCAACAAAUAGCAAAUGUUACAAUUUUAAUCAAAUUGAUAACUCUUUUUUUUCAUUGAUAAAUUAAUUGAACUGAAUGUGAAUUGAAUGCAUGAACCAAAAACGUUUUGUUUAAAACGCCAUGUACAUGUUUUUGAAGCAAUUAAAUUUUUUGUGGUUAACAAUUCUACAUAUUGAAUUUAAUGUUGAUUUGGAUUAUUGAUGUUUUGUUACUAGAGAAUAAAUUUGUUCAGCUACUCUUAA